GCUGAAUCUAUAAAACCUAUAGUCAAUUUUACAUUUUACUUAGAUCUAUAAAAGUCUAUAAAGUCAAUCUUUCGUACUUUGUUUUAUUAAGAAAAAAAUGAAUAGAUUUGUACCUAAAUCAUUUUUUCGUCUUAAACCAGCAGGUUCUUCUAUUUUUCAACAGAAAACUUUUAUUAGACCUACAUUAUCAUUACUAUCUUCACCAAAUAAUAUACUCUCUAAAUCGAAAAUUAUUGUUACUUCUCAGCAAAGAUAUUAUUCUGCUGAGAGUGGUCUUUCCCGUCAAAAUAUCGAAUCUAGAAUUAUUGAUAUUGUUAAAGCUUUUGACAAAGUCGAUGAAACGAAGGUAAAUUCUGAAGCACGAUUUGCUGAUGAUCUUGGAUUAGAUAGUCUAGACACUGUUGAAGUUGUUAUGAAUAUUGAGGAGGAUUUUUCUAUUGAAAUUCCUGAUAAAGAAGCUGAUGAAAUUAGAUCAAUUAAAGAUGCUGUGGAUUAUAUUGCUAAACGUGAAGAUGCUCAUUAAUUAAUUAUUAUAUUAUUAUUAAUUUCUUUUCAUACAAAUUAGUCUUAAAAAUUAUAUCUAUGCUAUCAGGCUAUCAGA